UUUAAAUUCAAUCAUCUGUUAAAUUGUAAUUAAUCAGUUAACUGAAACCUGUUGAUGAACGCAGAACGUUGUUAUUCGGUAAAUUUAAGGAAAAAUGAAAAUUGCAAUUGCAUGUUUUUUAACCACAUUUGUGGUGAUAUUUAGUGAAGUGAACGCGCAGGGUGGUAGACCCGGCUCUUAUGGAGGUGGAGGAGGCGGUGGUGGACCCUUAGGUGGAGGUGGUGGAGGACCUGGUGGUGGUUAUGGAGGACAAGGUGGUGGUCAGGGUGGAGGAUUUGGAGGCGGUCAAGGUGGUGGUCUCGGUGGUGGUCAAGGUGGUGGUCUCGGUGGUGGUCAAGGUGGUGGAUAUGGUGGUCAAGGCGGUGCCGGUGGAUUUGGCGGCCAACCUGGUCAACCAGGUGGUAGUGGUGGCAGCGGUUUUGGAGGCAGUGGUGGUUAUGGUGGCAGUGGCGGUUUUGGAGGUAGCGGUGGUUAUGGAGGUCAGGCAGGCCAACCAGGACAACCUGGCCAACCUGGUGGUUUUGGUGGUAAAGGAGGUGAUGGUGGAUAUGGUCGCUAAAAAAUAAUGUAGUAAUCUCGAUUAAAUGUUAUAUUCCUAAUAAAUUAUGUUAUGUUAUUUGCCCUUAGGGGCAACAUAUU